AUGGGCAAAGUGUACGAUGUUCAUCAGCAGCCGCAAAAAGAGCAGAAUAACAUAGGCUAUCCGCACUACUACUUUAAUGUGACAACCGAAACUUCCGUUAAUUAUUAUUUCCGUGUGUUCACGUACCCUGAGUUCAACCGCCGCUUCAAUGGCUCGCGGGGCUGCUCUCCACCUGACCUUACGGAAAUGACGGUGUCCGACUAUAUGGACCUCAGCGCACGUCUUGAUGUUCCCUGGGGAGAAAGCGUCGUCUACCCAAUCAUGCAUGGCUUGAUCCUUGCAGCAAGGGAUGUCGACGCCGCGGAGUAUCCUGAUUGCGUGCCGAAUCCAUUCUACGUAUUCGGCCUGAUACAUCCGGUAGAUAUCGAAGACAGUACCGUGACAGGUCCCGACCACUGGCCGCCACCGCCACCACCACCUGAACCACCACCAUCACCGCCACCACCAUCACCAUCACCAUCACCACCACUGUCGCCACCACCAUUACCACCAUCACCACCACAGCCGCCACCGCCACCACCACCUGAACCACCACCUGAACCACCACCACCAUCACCACCACCAUCACCACCACCAUCCACACCACCGUGCCCCAACACUCUGGGGUGCUCCGUGUUUGGUUCGUGCAACCUUAACUCGCAGCUGGAAAGCAUGUCCACGACCACAUCGACUGAAUCUUCACCACAGGCAAGCAGCAUGCAGGGUUUCCAAGUUCCGGUCGACAACAUUCCGCCCACAAUCCAGAUCCGGGGGACCGGGCAGCUGUAUGUCACACCAGCCGGGGCGCGGGGCAUGAUCAACGUUGUCCUGACGGGCUCGGCUUACGUGGAUGCCGGCGCGGCAGCAGUGGAUGUUGUUCCGGUGGCGGCUUCCAGAAGCGGCAGUGGCACCACGACGGGAUCAACCACGAAAACUGUCAACCUCACGAGUACCAUCCUCACACGUGUUUUCAGCCCCAGUGGCUUGCAGGUCGGCACCGUGUCGACGGAUGAGCCCACUGGCGAUGAGGCCGCGGGUGGUGUGCCGUACCUUAUUACGUACGAUGUCGUUGAUGACGCCGGCAACCGCGCAAGCACGGUGUAUCGCCGUGUGUAUGUUGUGUGUCCGGCGCCUGAGUACGAAUGUCCGCGUGAAGACGAAGACAGCCUGCGUGCCUGCAGCAAAGGCGGCAUGUGUGGCGUUACUGGUCUGGUCUCCAAUCAGGCAGCCGUCUCCACUGCCGUAACACGGGUCCCUCGCCUGGUUCUGAACGGAGAGUCGGUCAUCACUAUCACAGCUGGAACAUCGUACCUGCCAUGCCGAGGCGCAACGGCAACCGAUUGUGAGCCCGGCAGUACGGCAACCCUGGACACAUUCGGGGAUCUGAACCACCAAGUGCGGGCGUGUGCUACGGGUGUGCCGAACCCUCUGCCGUACAACUUCGUUGGGCUCGAGUACUGCAACUUAGACACAUGCACUCCGGGAAUCUACAAAAUCUCUUUCCAUCUUUUUUGGCCCGAUGUGCCCGAGAUGAUUGUCUACAGGACCGUGGUGGUGGGGGAUCUGUGCGAUGGGGAGCGCGCCUGCAGUAAUGGCAAGUGCUCUGUGGACGGUGUGUGCGUUGACGACCUGGAGACGUGGACAAUAUUGGCGGAGGGCGACAUCAGUAGUGAUGCAACCAGCGCUAUCGCAGAGGCUGCUGCUGCCAGUACUUGGGCAAACGCCAAUACGCCACCACGCAUAACGUUAAUCACAAACUUGCAGGUCGGACAGCAGGUUUCCGUCCCGCGUGGUGUGCCGUACAGCCUUUGCACGGCAGGGCAAAUAUCUACACCUGCGCGGCCAUGUGAGCCGCUAGGGACCGCCGAUGACCUUGAGGACGGAGACCUGACGGCUCUGAUCACACUUUGCCCUCCAGGCGAUUGCGCGAUGAGCCAAUGUCGGGCCCAUGCGGCAGGUGAAAAACAGCCAUACGAUUGCGGGGUGAACACUACAACUGCGCCCGUAGGCUCGGUCUUCCGGCUGCAAUUGGUUGUGUACGAUAGCACAGGUGCCAAUGCCACAGCAGAGCGCCUCAUCAUUGUCAUUAGCCCUUGCCCCGCGGACCAGUUCACCUGCGACGAUCCGAUGGCGGCUUCGGACAGCUCCAGGCCGGCUGGGGUGGUCUGCAGCCCAGUGCCAUGCGCCUUACGAAACGUCAUUCAGGGCUUUGCGGAUGGGACGAGCUCCUUGUCCCCGCCCCGUCUAUUUCUGCUGCCCAUUCGCCACAAUGCAAACCUAAGCCAGGCGGAGCUGAAUCAGUCGCUAGUCCUGACGUAUCGCCAACCAGCUCCCUUCAGUUUGGCGCCAUGCGCCGCUUUCACAGAUGCGGUACCGGCGACACCCACACAGCAGACGGCAGCUGGGCUCUGCGGGGCCGUUGCAAACAGCAGCACGGGCGAUGACCUCACGCCCUACAUCACCACGGCAGUUAAGGCCCUAUGUCCCAGCGGCGGCUCCAGCAGCUGCUACGGGUGUUCGGUUACCGGCCUCUCCAUGGGCACCUGUCUGCCUGGGAGGUACCGCAUCGUGUAUUCGGUGAAGGAUGGUGAUGCGGUGUCGGGGCUACAAAAAGCCGCUCGUCUAGACGUCAGUGUAGAGCAGCUCGUGUGGCGGACGCUUACUUUUUCCAUGUAUUACAACCGUACGGCAGCUGGAUCCAUUGACCGUACAGCUGCAGAGGAGUUUGUCGCUACCCUGCGGGGCGCGAACGACUCAAUGCAGCUGGAAAUGCUGUCUGGGGCGCUACAAGCCUUGGGAGUGGCAACGGGCAGCGUGCGCCGCCUGGACCUCCUGGCUGAGCCUGGAGUCCAACCAUGCAAUGUCUCGGUGGUGUCGUACUGUGUUGCGAUCGCCGCUAACUUGACGACGGGUUCGGUCGACUUCCUGGACGUCGCUGAUGUUUUGGAAGCUUACGGAUUAGUUGUUCCGCUGGUGUAUGCGGCGGCCAACGAGACGCAGCGACGACGACAAAACUUGGAAAUCAUGGUUCAUCACCGUGAUGAGGACGACGCGCCUUCCACCAUGGAAGACGCGCCAGAGCGCUCCUUGCAUGCAGUAUCUAUGACCGCUGGCGCUAAUGAUGCGAACUCUUCAGUCCUGACAACGCCGUCGACUUCAGCAGAGAAUGUGCGACCUCUAGCAGCGAACCACGCCAGGCCCAAGCGACGAGGCGGAUUCGGCCACAGCAUGCGCCACACUAAUCACGAGAUAGACGCUCUAGAUGUUUUGUCCAUGGCGAAGCGCCUCGCUGCAGCUCUUGAUAGGCUCUUCCUUUUGGGCUCUUCUCCUGUGCAGUUGCGUCGACUCCUCCUGCCAGCAUCCUCAACGACAGCUGAAUGCCGCAAUGCCACUCUAACGGACUUGACAGCUGUUUUGGCAUCAUCAGCAGAUAGCGUCCUAACGUCCAUCGAGCCAUACAGUACGACAUGCUCAGAGAGGCGACCUGACGAGGCCAGCAUUGCUCUAAGCCUCAUCGUGGGUGUUGUUGACGGACUUUACCAGGCUUCCCAGGGUAUUAUUUACAACCAAGUUGUGCUGCCAUCGCGAAUUGCCAAUGUAGAGGACGAACUGUCGCAGACCGACGAGGGCUACCGUCGGGCUUCAACUGCCAAUAUGCAAGACGCCGCUGACGCCCUUAUGUCAGUGACUCAUAAAGCACAACAUCUUCUCACGAUGAUGAUAGAGACCGAAGCCCAGUACAGCGGUUCGGACGGGCUGGCAGGUACAACCAGCAUGCUUCAGAUCGCUGUGAACGAGGCCGAGUCCGCAGCCUUACUUGCCAACAUCACCGCUGUGCUUCUACCUGAGGCUUCAGCGGUAGCCUUGGAUGCGGACCUCAUGAAUGCCUACCUCGACCCCGCUUACAUCGCAUGUGUGUCCUCCAAGGUUUCUGUUGCUUCCUUUGCGUUCCACGGGGUUUUCUGCGACACGAGAGGAGGUAAUCGCCCAAACGCCGAUACCACAGAGGGUGCCAGCACAGGACAGCGUGGCCGCAUGUAUGGCAGCAGGCGGCGGUCAACGAGGGGCACCAGCAACUCCAAUAGCGGCAGGUCACAGUUCACCGGGUACACCCUGCCAGAUGGCUCACAAUACAAUUACAGUCUCUUGGAUGACAGCGACCUUCGGCGGCGCCGCGCUGGGGGUCGGAACGACGUGAUGUUGGGGUUACUGCUUCACCAGGAGAGGCGAACUGUGGAUAGCUUGGCCGCCUCAAACCGGCGCGCUUGCAAACAAAGCAGGUUUUCAUACUUUUAUGGCGGUUGCGAUGCCCGCACCUUCAAAGUCGUGCUGUCUGGUAACUUGGGUGGCAUCGGCAACGACCCGGUGUUCAGCCGGGUGUCUUCCUUGUACGACGCCACAUUGCGGUCGUCAGAUUGGUACAACACGACGGAGGGUUCCCCCGAAAUCAACCCCUUGGGGCUGCCGUACGGAUUCUUCCAUGAGCCCCUGGAGAGCUUCUCCCCUGGCUACCCUCUGCUGCUAGACACGCGUCUGUCCGCCAAGAGAGCUGGACAGGCGCUCACCUACCUACGGGACGGGGGCUAUCUGUCAGCCAAACUGACAAAGUUCCUUCGUGUGCAGCUGGUAACCUACAAUCCCGACGCUGCCGUGUUUGGCUACUGGCGAGUGGACUUCACCUGGCUGGACAGCGGCGACAUUCGCGCCACUAGCUACCUGCUCGGACUGCCUGCGGUCAGCUACGGAGAGUACAUCAAGAACCUGCAGGUGGCUCGUUUCCUGCCCGACUUCUUCUUGGUGCUGCUCGUGCUGGCGUACUGUUACAUGACGGCAAAUGAUGUAGUCCAGCAGCUUCGGGCUCAGCGGAAGCAGCACAAUCUGUUUCUGGAUGGCUACCCCAGGCAGCCUUGGGAAGCUGUAGCCACUUCUAGCGCCUCAACCCGAUUCCGCCUCUUGCGGCCACGGAGGGUGGCGCCGGGCAAUCGCGCUAUGGCAGCCGGCGAUGACAACUUUGGAGAUGGGCGGUGGGAGUUACUCGGUGACCUAAUUUCGCCGUAUACCGGACAGUCCAGCAAGAUGUGCUUCUCAUCUUCAAUAUGGCUACCAAUGCCGCAGCAAGGGCAUAGCCUCUCCUCCCUAGGCACUUCAGAACCCUGGCUUCGGGGUCAAGGCGGCAGCAGCCGAAAAUAUACGGCCCGGAUGAGUAUCCCUUGGGUGUUGUUCGAGACAGCCAUCUGCGCCCUCAUGGUCGCGGCCAUUGCUGUCCUCUACACCUACACUGUACGGCUAUCCGUACGUGAAGACUUCACCGCGCGCUUUGAUGUGUACGACGCGGACGCCUUUGCGCCGGCGAGGUACUUCCUGCUUCGUCGCAGUACAAGUUUAAAUUCCAGCGAGGGAGCCAGCUCCGCGGCCACGAACACAACGAGGACGGCCGGCAGCCCUGAUCGGUGGCGCAUGCAGGCGGAUCCGCGGGCGCUGAAUGCCGCAGGUGCCGUCCUCACACGGCUGGACUCGAUGUACAACACCAUUGUCCUGUACGCCUUUUUCCAGGGCCUGGUCCUUUGUGCCUUGGCGGUGCGCUGGCUGCACUACAUCUCGUUCCAGCCCCACCUGUCCAUCGUCUUUGGCACGUUGGUCCUUGCGCUCCCCGACCUGCUACACUUCGCUGUGGUGCUGGUCAUCUCCAUCGUCAUGUUCGCCGCCACCGCCUGCGUCGUUCUUGGUCCGUCCGUGGCGCGGUUUCACAACUUGAGCUCCUCUUUGACAGUCCUGCUACAGUAUACACUGCUGAGGAACGAAAACGGCCCCUUCAAGGACCUUAUAAUUGGCAACGCCGUGGAGCGCACAGCCGUCGAGCAGCUGCUGGUGGGCUUGCUGUACUGCCUGGCGCCGCUCUGUUUCAUGUUUAUCUUGGUUCAGUUAAUUUUAGGUUUCCUGGUGUGGCCAUUUGGACAGCUCAAGUACGCUGUAUACGGCCUUCCUGGAGUUCCACAGGUUUGGCUUGCGAAAACAUCAAGCAGGAGCUUCUUGCGUAAGCUUCGCAGCAUGGUUUCAGGCGGUGCCAGCAUAAUGUCACAAGUUUCCUACGCCAGCGGAAUCGGUCCUCGGACGUUGACUGCGAAGCUCAAGCGGAAUACGGCGCAGCAAGGAACCGAAUUGUUGGCUCAGGAGGCCGUUUCGCACUGGGCAAAGGCCAAUGGAGACAGCAAUAUCUUCAACAGCCCACUCGGCCAGGCACUUCGAGCUGCAUCCCGGGCAGCCAUUACUCCGGUCCCUCUUCAACAUCUGAGCAGGGAGAUCAACUGCAGCAACAGCAAUAGCGGUCGGUACGUGCACCCGCCACAACAACAGAGCUCUUCACUAGUGGCAAUGGCAGCGGCCGCUGCCAGCGGGGCCACCGACACAGCAGGAGGCUCUGAAAGCUGCGUUGGCAAAGGUAGUAACAGCCUUAGGGAUUUGCUGAACAUAGGUUCGCAGAAGCUAUCAAGGCCGGUCCUGUGGUCUAGGACCCCUACACGGUCUCUUGCACCAGACGCGACCGACAUCAACACGUCCUUCCGUAACAGCUCCGGCCCCCGCAGCACCAGCAGCUUGCCAGCAGCCGAUGCCGGUGCCAUAGGGUAUACUAGGAGGCUCACUUCGCCGCAUGCAGGCAGGUCACACCAGUUGCAGCAGUUUGGCGUGAGGCCACCAAUGGUGGUACGAAGGGAGGGCAGUGGCCAGGCGCAUACAUCGGCGAUAGCACCCCUUGCCAUCGAGACUGACGACGGUGAUAAAGGGCCUGGACGCACACGGAGCCAUUACAGUGACGAUCUUGAUGGUAGCUGGAAGGAGAGAGUCGCAGCGGCCGAGGCUAGCCGGGGCUUUACCACAGGGACUCCGGGGGAUGCAGCCUCCAGUAGCACUGGCAGGAAGCCCAGUCGGUCCUCAAGUGCCGGAUCAAAAGCCGCGGCUUUGCCGAAGCCAAGCUCACCGGGCGCUCUUAACACCGAUGCUGUGGCCGCUGCUACGGCGAAUGACAGACAUAAGGGCCUCGUAUCAGCGGUGGGCGAUGCUUCAGGCAAAACCCGCCUGCAUCACGCUAAGCUGGGAAGGUCCCUAAGGAGUUUGACCAGUUUGCGCCAGCAGAGCGACGGCCCGGUGGCAGGGCCCUCAACGGGGCCCACAGGCCCACAGGCAGGAGCGAUGACGGUGGAAGAUGAUGCCACCCAGCUGGCAAAUAUAGUGCUUGCAAACCUUAUGGCACGCUUUGGCAACGGAACCGGCCUGGCGACUUUAGCAGCAGCCUCCGCUAGGACUUCCUUAAAAAGGGUGGCCAGUAGUGGGGACACACAGUCGUCUGCAGCUGGGCGGCCGACAUCGCCGCCGCCGCCGCCGACCACUCCCGGGUUUGGGGCAGCCCGAACCUCCUUGCUGUGGCGUCAACCAAGCGCGCCUGCCGUGACGUUUAGCCUGCGACCAAACACGCGGCCUGCGGCUGUCAACGGUUGCGGUGUUAGCGUUAAUGGCAAGAGAAGGAGCAGCGCUUAUGAUGAUGUGGCUGAUGGCGGCAGCGGCCCGGGCAAUCUCGAUGCGAUACUGGCUGGGGCCACGGAAGGAAUGAAUGCCGAGCAAUGGGCUCGACGCCUCCAUGGCGCACCUCGGUGUUCAGUGAGCAGUGUCCGGAUGGAAGCUCCGUGCCAAGAGACCUCCAAAUCUGUAGGCAGCGUAGGCCUAGGCCUAGGCCAGCGUGGCGACAGCGAGCACAACGAAACAGUGCCCCCAAGGAACAUCGUGUCCAGCGGCCCACUGCGACUACCAAUGCUGCCCGUGCUGUCACAACCACAAGAGCAGUCGUCGUUACAAGGGCCUGGCAGUGGUGUAGUAGUUGACAGCGGCAGUGACCGCGGGCUGGAUGAUGGCGGCCCCAGCGGUGGCGCCAAGGAAGCUUGGCUUGGCAGCAACUAUGCAGACGUUUUGGUUGCAUUGCUCAAGCUGAUACGGCACCUCGGCCGGAUGCAAGGGCAGAUAUCAGCGGCUGCUAGGGAGGUUGAGGCCAUGGCAACAUUCCUGUCGAGGCUCAUCUCCGAGGUGGAGGCAUUGCCGUCAUCCUCCACAAGAGACCGCAAGACAGUCAGGGCGGCCCUCCAUGCGGGCCUGCAGGCGGUGCUGGCGCAAGGCGGGGAGAGACCAGACAACCAGUGGCCGGGGACCUUGCGGGCACCUGACACGGAGUCUGAAGCACAGCUUGAGGAACCAGCAGCUGCCAAUCGUGUUGGUGAUGGCGAUCUGCAACGCAAGAGAAGACACCAGCAGACGUCUUACGACCGGCAGCCCAAUUGGGAGCUUCUGAGGCGAUGGGUGGCUGGAAUACGCUCGGCUGACGGUGGAGACGGUGCCAUACAGCUGUCACACAUCACCGCAUCCACGGCGGGCGAGGUACUGGAAAGUGCAAUAGCAAGGUCUAGACCUGCACGUCACUCUGUUACCCAGUUAGCCUAUUAUACUCCAAGCCACUUGGAUCGAGACAUAGCCGCCCGGCCACGCCGGGGCUGGCGACCACGGAGGCUGUCUUUGCUGCUGGCAGCUGAAAAGCAGCGGGGCAAGAGUGGCCCAGGGGCCGUUGCUCCGGCGGCAUCCAAUAGUAACUACAUUGGCGCUGGCGCAGGCUAUGAAAAUCAGGACAGCCUGGUCAACGAUCGCUUGAGUGCGGAGCCGUGUGUCCCCAACAAUCAUAGCGAAUUGAAGGGCCUGGACCAGCAAGACGGUGUGGGCGGGUCAUCACUGCCGGCAGCAUCAACCGCGGGAGGAAAUGCCACGUUUCCGGCCGGCAGCGCUAGCUGA